CAGUCACAAUACAAUUCCAAACUUAAAAAGCAUCCACGUCUAUAUAAUUUUUCAACAUAAUUUUUAAAGAAUAAAUCUAUUAAAUACAUUAAAAUGAACAUUUUUAGACUAGCUGGUGAUUUGUCACAUCUAUUAGCCAUCAUAAUAUUGCUUUUGAAGAUAUGGAAGACUCGAUCUUGUGCAGGCAUUUCCGGAAAGUCACAAAUCUUAUUUGCAAUAGUUUACCUUAGUCGCUAUCUGGAUUUAUUCACAACAUACAUCAGUCUUUAUAAUACAUUUAUGAAAGUCGUAUUUAUUGGAUCAUCACUUGGUACUCUCUAUUUGAUGUACAUCAAAUUUCGUGCUACUUAUGACCAUAAUCACGAUUCAUUCCGGAUUGAAUUCUUGCUCGUUCCUUGUGUGAUUCUUGCGUUGUUAAUUAAUCAUGACUUUACCGUAUUAGAAGUAUUAUGGACAUUCUCAAUUUAUCUGGAGUCUGUUGCUAUUUUACCACAACUCUUCCUCGUUAGUAAGACAGGCGAAGCUGAAAGUAUUACGAGUCAUUACUUAUUUGCGCUUGGAUCUUAUCGUGCUUUGUACAUUUUCAACUGGAUCUAUCGAUAUGCAGCCGAAAGUCAUUACGACUUGAUUGCUAUUGUUGCUGGUAUCGUUCAAACUAUUUUGUACUGCGACUUCUUCUAUUUAUAUAUAACGAAAGUGUUGAAGGGCAAGAAACUGCAAUUACCAGCAUAGAUUAAAUAAAAGUUUCAAGUGAAUAAUAUAAUUUUUAAACUUCUUUUUAUUAAAUUUCCAAAAAAAAAAGAUGAAAAAAUAUUUGUACAAUGUAUGAAUGUCUCAAAAAUGUAAUUGAAAUAGGAAUUAAUAGUUCAUUUAUGCAAGUUCCAUAGGAAAUUUCCUCUGCGCUUAGAAAUUGAAGUUUAACUUUUGGUAUUGAAAUUAUGCACGAGUCAUGUGAAUAUUUGAGGAUUUGAUACUUUUGGAGGAUGUUGCAAAUUACAGCAAAAAACUUGAGUCUGAUAAAACUUGAAUUUCCAUAAUGCACAAUUGACAAUCUACGCAGAGAUAAAAAUCAGGCUGAAAAUUAUGAAAACAUAAGCUAAUGACCUCAAACGUUGAAAACAUGCAGCACGUUCUAUUUGAUUUGUUUUUUUGAAAAUAGGCAGCAUAUUGUAUUUAAUAUGAUAUUUGGAAGCAAGGCGUACACUUUUAGGGAACUUCCAAAAGCUUGGGAAGUUUCCUGGGAGUGUACGCCUUGUUUGGAUGUUAAUUAAGAUGAUAAAUUGAACUUUAUCAAGUUUCCGAGUGACAAUUCUUAUAAAAUCUCAUCGUAGCUACAAGAGUGAUGAUAGGAACGCAUUUAAUCAACGAAAAAAGGUCAGUACAUUUCGAUAGACUCCAAAUAAACCUACCAUUACGUCAAAACUUCAUAAAUUGAUAAAGGCUUUAUGCAUUUCUCGCGAAAAUUAUAACUUUUUGUUGAAUUCCAAAGUUUGAACAACCAAAAAACUACUAAAUCCCUCGACAAAAGUUCAACAUUCUUACAUGGGACGAAAUGAAUGCUCAAAGAACGUUCUAAUGAUAGGAAAUUUUAACAAUUUUCCCAAAUGAACUAUAAAAUUUCAUAUUCAAUUCUCA